AUGGCGUCAACCUCGACGACCCAACGCCUCCUCCGCGAACUGAAAGACUACACCAAAUCCCCGAACGAGGCCUUGCUCCAUCUCGGCCCAGUAGACGAAGAUGACCUCUUACACUGGGAAGCAGUCCUGAAGGGCGUCAAAGGCACACCGUACGAAGGCGAGUCAAUCAACUCAGACGCCGGUCGCCCCACGCUAACGCAUACGGGUAUUUCAGGCGGCCUCUGGGGCCUCAGAAUCACCAUCCCACCGAACUACCCCCUCGCCCCGCCCAACAUCCGCUUCACAACGCGCAUCUCCCACCCCAAUAUCUCCUUCGCAACGGGCGAAAUAUGCCUCACGCUCCUGACGACCGAGCACUGGAGCCCCGUCUACACGCUCUCGACGACGUUAACGGCCAUCCACCAGUUGCUCACUGACCCGCGGCCGGACUCGCCGCUGAACGUCGAUGUGGCGGCCCUGCUGCGCGACGGGGAUAUCCCGGCGUGGGAGAGUAUCGUCCGAUAUUGGACCGAGGAGGAGAGGUGGCAGGGGCAGGGGAAUGUUGGUCGGUGA